AUGUAUUUGAUAUUAAUUUUAGCAUCAAUAUUUAUUGGAUAAAUAAAGUGUUUAGGAAUUGAAUUAAGAGACAAGAAGCCUAGAUGUGUUUAUAUGAAUGCUAAGAAAGAUGAUAAUAUAACAAUCAAAUAUUUAGUGUUAGAAGGAAUUCCAAAGGAUGUUUAGAUAUUUUUUUUUGAUCCUUAUAAUAUUUAAUAUGAUUUUGAGAGUAAUGAACAAUAAUUGAAAGCAUUUUACACUGGAAAAUAUAGGAUAUGUUUUAAAAAUAAUGGAUAAAUGAAAAUGUUAGUUGAAUUUGAUUUUGACAUUUUGGGGAUUGAUAAAAAUUAUGCAUCAAAGAAUGAUAUAUUAUAAACAUAGAGGAAUUUGAAUGAGAUAGAUUCAGAUUUUAGAUGGAUUUAAAUGCUUUAAAAAGAAUCAUAUCAUAGAGAAUAAACAAUUAAUACAAACUUAAUAAAUUUGUAUUAAUAAUUGACAUUUUCAACUAUUAUAAAAAUAUUGCUAUUCUUGGUAAUAAUUUCAUUUCAAUUAUUCAUAAUAAAUUAAUUUGUAAAAUCUUAAGAUAAGUUAUUUGCCCCAGUUUGA